AAAACAUAAAAAAAGUUUGUUCUCGUGAAGAAGCAGGUGAGCUGAAGGAAGAAGAUAAAAGAAAGAAAAACAAGAAUUAAAACCUUUCUCUUCUUUCUUCUCUCACCUUCCAUCUCUCUCCAUUUCACUUUCUCUCUCUAAAAGCCCAUUCCCCCUUCUCUCUCAAUGAAUCUCCCUUUCUUCAAAGCUUGACAUCCACAUUCAUUCUUUGCUUCACAAGAUCUUCAACAUCAAAGUCCAACCCCGUCUCUCUCUCUCUCUCUCUAAAAUGUUGCAGUCUGGGGUUGAUAAACUCACCGAUCGGUUACGAAAGUCACUCACUUCAGAUGACGAGACUGAGGUUAACAAGCCUGAUUUCAGAGAGAUCGAUCUGGGCUCACCCAUUACUCCGUUGCGGGCGAAAGUUACUACUAGCAGUAGUAGUUCGAGCUCUUCUGGAUCCGGGUCGGGUCGGGCUGCUUCUAACCCGCUGCCGAAGAAGUCGGAGUUUGCCGGAAAUAGUCACUCCGGCGAGCUUUGUGGGUCUGUGGAGAGCUCGCCGACACGGUUUACUAAACCGGGUCAUAGAAGAUCCGGGUCGAGUGGAUCGGCGAACCCGAAUCCGAGCCCGUUUGUGUACUCCGGUGGCGGGUCGGUUAGUUCACCGCCGGCGAAUGCGAUGCCGGCGGGGAAUAUUUGUCCGUCGGGUAAAAUUUUGAAAACGGGUAUGGCGGGUCGGGUGACCCGACCCGAUGUGUUGGGGACUGGUACCGGGCAUUAUGGUCAUGGUAGUAUAAUUCGCGGUGGGGCUGCUAUGAAAUCUGCCGUUGGGGAAGGCGUUGGAAAUGCCAAUUCAAGGGGUUUAGCUACCGGUGGGGUUUCGAGGAAUGUUAAGAGUAGUGUUGAUGCAGAGGAGUUGAAGAGACUAGGAAAUGAGAGUUACAAGCAAGGCAAUUUUACAGAGGCGUUGAGUUAUUAUGAUAAGGCAAUUUCGAUCUCGCCUGGUAAUGCAGCUUAUCGAUGUAACCGAGCUGCAGCAUUGAUGGGUUUGAAGCGAUUAGGGCGGGCUGUGAGAGAAUGUGAGGAGGCCAUAAGGUUGGAUCCUGGAUAUUGGAGAGCUCAUCACCGUUUAGGAUCUCUAUAUCUUAGCCUAGGGCAGGUUGAACUUGCUAGAAGGCACAUAUGUUUCCCAGGACUCCAGCAAGAUCCAGUUGAGUUGCAGAAGUUGCAGACAGUAGAGAAACACCUAAACAAGUGUACUGAUUCCCGAAGAAUUGGUGAUUGGAAAAGCGUAUUGAGAGAAAGUGAUGCUGCAAUUGCUUCUGGCGCUGAUGCUUCGCCACAGAUAUUUGCCAGUAAAGCUGAAGCUUUUCUAAAGCUCCGCCAACUCAACGAUGCUGAAUUAAGCCUCUCAAACAUUCCCAAAUUUGAAACUUAUUCAGUAUCUUGUUCCCAGACUAGUUUUUUUGGUAUGCUUUCUGAAGCCUAUCCACAUUUUGUCCGUGCUCAGAUUGAGAUGUCAUCAGGGAGGUUUGAGAACGCUGUUACAUCUGCUGAGAAAGCAGGACAAUUGGAUUCUAGAAGCAGUGAUAUAUCAGUUUUACUUAACAAUGUCAGGGCUGUAGCAAGAGCUCGGGCUCGUGGAAAUGAUCUCUUCAAGUCUGAAAGGUAUACAGAAGCUUGCGCAGCGUAUGGGGAAGGUCUUAGGCUUCAUCCUUUGAGUUCUGUUCUAUACUGCAACAGAGCUGCUUGUUGGUAUAAACUUGGUCAGUGGGAGCGAUCUCAUGAUGAUUGCAACCAAGCUCUUGAUAUCCAGCCAAAUUACACAAAAGCUCUUCUCAGGAGGGCUGCUUCAAACAGUAAGCUUGAGAGGUGGGCUGAUGCUGUGAGAGAUUACGAGGUGCUUAGGAAGGAGCUUCCAAAUGACAAUGACGUUGCUGAAUCUUUGUUCCAUGCUCAAGUUGCUUUGAGGAAAUCCCGAGGAGAAGAAGUUCACAAUAUGAAGUUUGGUGGAGAAGUGGAGUUGGUAUCUGGUUUGGAGCAGUUCAAAGCUGCUAUAUCUUCUCCCGGUGUAUCUGUUGUUCAUUUCAAAAAGGCAUCAGACUUACAAUGCAAGCAAAUAUCUCAAUCUCUGGACAACUUAUGCACCCAAUAUCCGUCCAUUAAUUUUCUCAAGGCUGAUGUGCUAGAGAGUCCUGCGAUCGCAAACACCGAGAACGUGAGGGUUGUGCCUACAAUAAAGAUUUAUAAAAAUGGAAGCCGGGUUAAAGAAAUGAUCUGCCCGAGUCCAGAAGUGUUGGAAUCUUCAGUUAGGCACUACAGUUUCUGAAGAUAGUACAUCUGCUUCCUUUGUUCUAUUUCUCUAUGUGGGUUCUGAACCCCAAGGUCUAGAAACAGCAACGUAAUCGUCAGAAGUGAUUUUGCCCGUUUCAUGUAACAUAAUCAGACAUACAACAAAAUAACCCCAUUGAGAGUCCUAAGCCCCUUACCUAGGCUCCAAGAGUAGGUAGUCACUUUUUUUUCUCCAAUUAUUAUUUGUUCGUUCUUUCCUCAUUGGUUCCAUCAUGCUCCCUUCUCCUUUCACUUAGUACUCCUUAUUCCCGUCCCACCGUCGUAGGAUUCCCACACAUUUUUGGGCGUAAGAAACCCUCGGUUCUUUACUAUAGUGGGAAUUAUGACAAUUGUGUACAACCGGUAAAAAAAUCUGAGUAGAAAUGAAAAGAGGGCGAAGUCAGGGUCAUCAGCUGGUUCCUUGUUGUGAAAUUUACGUGUAUAUAAUUGAUGGAUACAUGUCCGGGAAUCAGAUGUUCCGGGGCUGGAUUAUGUCUCAGGGGGUUAACAGGGUAUCGAAAGGUUAUACAUGAAAAAAUGUCGAAACUGAUGUUUAUGGACAAUGCCUUUCAUGGUGAAGUCUUCAAUAAAAGUAAAAAAGCAAAAUUCUUAUCUUUUUUA